AUGAGUGCUAGAUAUGAAGGUACAUCAAAUUUAUCAUCCUCAAGCUCUGAAGAUGAUGAUAUAUUUGAAGCACACAGAAGGCUUAUCACUCAAGCGAUCUACCGAAACAAUCAGGUCAUUUUGAAACAUCUAAGUGAAGAAAGCAACAAAGGCAAACAUCAAGGAUCUAUUCCUGGUCACAUAGUGAUCAAUCGUAAUAGAGAAGCUGUUGAUCGUAAUAUAUUCAAUGAUUACUUUACCAAAAAUCCUACAUAUAAUGCUGCAAUGUUUCGAAGAAGAUUCCGGAUGGGAAGAAAUUUAUUUAUGCGUAUUUUUAACGAGGUUAGUAAUCAUGACAAUUAUUUUGUGCAGAAAAGAGACGGAGUUGGAAAACUUGGUUUGUCAGAUGCUACUGAUGAGUACAUCAAAAUAGGAGAAUCAACUGUCAUAGAAAGUGUGAAAAGAUUUUGCCGUGCUGUUGUUGAAGUAUUUGGAGGACAGUACCUUCGAUCACCCAAUGCUAAUGAUGUUGCCAGACUUCUUCAUAUUGAUCCACACAGUACAAAGAAUAAGUUGUUUGCAAUGAAACAAGCGGCAUGUAGAAAAAAUGUUGAGCGAGCAUUUGGAGUGCUCCAAUCACGCUUUGCAAUUGUUGCAAGACCUUCACGUUUUUGGCAGAAAAAUAUUUUACAUGAUAUAAUGACUUCAUGUAUUAUUAUGCAUAAUAUGAUAAUUGAAGAUGAGCGCGAUAUGAAUACCUCAAUUGUUGAUCAAGGUGAAGUCUCGUCGGUUGCAGAUGUUGAUACAACAGUAGAUGACAAUACCCGAUUUCAAGAGUUUCUUGCUAGAUAUGAAGGAAUCAAAAAUAAAAAUGCUCACUUUGCCCUUAGAAAUGCAUUAAUUGAGCAUUUGUGGGAACAAUUUGAUAAUUCUGAUAAUUAA